UAUUUUCCCGAACUGUAUCAGCUUCUUUCCGCAGUUUGUCUCCAAAUACUGAAGCCUACUUCAAGAGAAACAAGUCGGUUCCAAAAACUCAAGAAACUUGUUAAUGGCGAAAGAAGAAACAAACUUCAAAGCUCAUGUGCUUAUCCUUCCUUAUCCAGCUCAGGGACACAUAAACCCCAUGUUACAAUUUUCCAAGCGCUUAGUCUCCAAAGGAGUCAAGGCCACCCUAGCAAACACCAUAGCCAUUAACAAGUCCAUGCAUGCUCACCCAACUUCCAAAAUUGACAUUGAAACAUAUUCUGAUGGCUUUGACGACGGUGGGUUUCAGCAGGCAGAGAGCACAGAGGUUUACUUAUCAACUUUAGAACUUGUGGGUUCGAAAACCUUGGCAGAUUUGAUCAAGAGACUUGAAGUUUCAGGUCGGCCUGUGUCUGCAAUUGUCUAUGAUGGGUUCAUGCCUUGGGCAUAUGAUGUAGCCAAGCAGUUUGGGCUGCUAAAGGUUUUGUUUUUCACUCAGUCUUGUGCUGUUAAUAGCGUAUAUUACCAUGUCCAACGUGGUCUUCUUCCACUGCCAGUUCAAGAAUCAUCUGUUUCGGUUCCUGGGUUGCCUCUGCUUCAUGUUUCAGAGACAUCUUCGUUUGUGUCUAAUCUGGGAUCCUACCCUGGUUUCUUUAAUCUGGUUCAGAGUCAAUUCAGAAACAUUGAUGAAGCCGACUGGGUGCUUUUUAACUCCUUUUACAAAAUGGAGGAAGAGGUGGUGGAUUGGAUGGCUAAACGUUGGCGACUUGGGACAAUAGGGCCAACACUUCCAUCUAUGUACUUGGACAAAAGACUUAAAGACGACAAAGAUUAUGGCAUCAAUUUGUUCAAGCCAGAUACAAGCACCUGCAUGAAUUGGCUGAAGAAUAAGCCAAGAGGUUCAGUUGUGUAUGUAGCCUUUGGGAGCAUGGCAGAACUUGGAGCUGAACAAAUGGAGGAGCUUGCUUGUGGAUUAAAGGCAAGUAAUUACUACUUCUUAUGGGUUGUAAGGGCAUCAGAAAAAGCAAAGCUGCCUGAAAACUUCAUAAAAGAGACGUCGGAGAAGUCUUUGGUGAUCUCAUGGUGCCCACAACUGGAGGUGCUAGCUCAUGAGGCAACAGGUUGCUUUGUGACUCACUGUGGGUUCAAUUCUGUUCUUGAAGCACUGAGCUUAGGAGUUGCAAUUGUGGGAAUGGCUCAAUGGACAGAUCAACCCACUAAUGCCAAGUUUGUGGAGGAUGUUUGGAAGAUGGGAAAAAGAGCUCAGCCAGAUGAGAAAGGUGUGGUGAGAAGAGAAAUUGUGGAGCUUUGCAUAAGGGAAGUAAUGGAAGGUGAAAAGGGAAAAGAGAUGAAGGAGAAUGCAAAGAAAUGGAAGAAUUUAGCUAGAGAAGCAAUUGAUGAAGGUGGAAGCUCAGAUAGAAAUAUUGAUGAAUUUGUAGCACAAUUGAUUAAUUAAGCAGCAUGUCUUAAUUUGCUUCUCAACUAAAUUAAUAAAGAGAGAUUUGCUUA